UCAUUUGGAGUUGUGCUGAUCAGUGCAACUGGUACGGGGUACAGCGCAAUCAAAUCAAAUGCAAAUAUUUGUGUUGGCGUGGUUUCCGACCAUCAGCAUUCCGAUCUGUACUACUACUAAUACCCAAUACCCAUAUCCACGUGGCUGUCGGGAAAGCCACGGACUUAGCCCAAGAGAUCCGAGCUGUUGCAAUUGUCUUUCUACAUGAUUGGGCCUUGAAGCAUUCUUCGCCGCGACAUUCCAUAUCGCGAACCGACACGACCGUCGGGCACACUCCUUAAUUUCCCUCGGUAUGCUCUAACGCUGCCAUCUAUUUAUUAAGGGAUCCGGAGCAGCAAUCCCCGACAUCUUCGAACUUGGCAUGCGAGGAGACCUCUUACUGGGUCAAGGUGGUGCGCCCGGAUGGCAAAUGUAGAUGGAAACCCCCCGCAUACGCAGGGUAGCUUUAAUCCUGCGCCCCGACAAACGAGAACGUCGACGGCGAGAUCCAGCUGGAGCCAUGGUAGCUACGAAACCGGCGAGUCGAGUACGACGGGAGGCGAAUCAAGCACGGCGCGGGACUCAGACUUGUUGUCCUCUACCCAGCCAGAGUACCAGGCCACAAGCAGACCACGGCAGACAGCCAAGGAGGAUGGCCGUCGGCGAUCGCAUAGACCUCGGCCCACCGGUGGCUUCCUCCUUUCGGAUCCAGUCUUUGAUGGGAAGCCAUCCCGCCCAAAAGCGACAGACCGAGGCGAUGGGCGCAGACGAUCCAGGAUACCGGUUGACAGCCGAAGAGCAAAGAGCCCCAUGUAUGCUACGCCGGACAAAGCGAGCUCCGUUAAUACAGCAUCGCCCGAACACGGAACGGACACAGCCGACAUGGAAGAGAUCCAAGGGGACUCGCUUCAUAUGGGAAAAGUACGCGAUCCGAAGGCAUCGAGAAUCCCUUCGCCAAGAACAAACCCGCCAGUUGAUCUCGACUCCACGCAGAUCGUAAGCAUGGCCUUGAACUUGAGCGAGUCUAGAAGAAUGGCGCAGAGAAGGAACGUCUCGACUCCGGUGCCUCCUCGGCUCACUCAAGUCCCUGAUAGUCCUGUCGGUGGGAGUCUCAAGCAGCAUUUACAACAGCAAAGACGGACCUCACGCAACAUAUCUCCCAGUGCUAAGCCAGAAAAGGGCGGGUUGGCGCCGCGGAGUGUUUCGGUUUCCCACCCGAGGCUGACCAGUCCGCUACAAACAUCUUUCGAGCCUGACAACAAUUACACAUAUCAUUUCUCGUCCUCCACCCUCAACCGGGCCCAGAAGGCGAAGGAGCAUUUUGAGCUGAUGGCGCAGUACAGACGGCUACUAAACCUGGUGCCACCCCUACAGCACAAGGGCCAGACCAGUCGUCCUUCUACGUCAAGCCCUCCCACUUCUCCGACCCUCGGCCCAGCUUCAUCUUUUCCCUUUGCUGCCGGCCAACUAUCUUUAGGUCGUCCUUAUAAUCCUCUUCAAUACAUCAGAAAUCGUAAAGUGAGGGCUCGAGAAAGGAAGGCUAUCGACGGAGAAGCCCAAGGCUUUGCUGAUGUCAAUAGAGUCACUGACUGGGUUGAUCAAGCUGCCACAAUGGUUGCUACAACCCCAAUACUCCAGCCGGACUCACCAUCUAUCCCUGUUUUCCCCGGAGCUCAUAUUGCUGAUAUCCAGAAUGCAUCAAGUCUACCCAUGCCGGUGUCAAAACCAAAGAGACCAAGACUGGAUUGGUAUGUAGAGCCAGCUGAUCUGGUAGCCGAUCUUUACUGGGUCGAACAAGACGACAAUCGGACUUUGAUCGAAGAUCGGAAUUACACACGCAUUUUCCCUUUCCCAAAAAAAGUAGCGAGCGGCUCAAGACCAAUGUCUCAGGAGAUUCAUGAACCAAACACGGCGUCAUCUAUGGCAGCGGUAAAGUCCCGUGGAGAUGCAGAAGGCAGUGUAGCAUCUGCCGACCAGAACCUUUCGGACUCUAAUGCAGUCUCAAGGGCAAGUACGGAAACGUCUCGCAUCGGCACAAGAGAUCGUGCCCGACAAAAGCUUCAUGAGAUUAGGGGUCUACAUCACCGACACGAAGGCUCAGCUUAUGGCCAUCAUGACUUCUUGCACUUGAGAAAAAGCUCAUAUUCAGAUACGUCCGAUAGUGAAGUUGAUCGCCGCAAACGAGAUCGGAGUGGAACCAUCAGCGCCAGAGACCAGGCGCUCCUGGAGAAGCAGAUGAAUGAGAUGCUUGCAAAAGAGCCAGUGACAGCCCGUAAGCCCACCCCUCAAGUCGUCGAUAUGGAACCACAAAAGCCAAUCAAACCAACCUUGAUGACACCUGAAAAAACACCAGCUUCUUCGGGCUUUUUUAAUAGUGGUCAUAAUCGGAAAGGCUCGAGAAUUGAAAGUUCCAACAACGAUCAUUUCAAUCGUACACAUGUGAGGCAUGGGUCUCCAACUCGUCCGGGUCGUGCUAGCCUCGAAGUUCCUGGCUGGAAAACCAGAGCUUCAAUGGAUCUUGAUAGUUCUGCCCCUUCGUCGCCGGACCUCAAGGCCUCGAGCAGUGGUGUUUAUAUACCCGCUAUUGGGAUGGAUCUCUCACCGCCAAGCAGCCGCGCUGAAUCUCCUGUUCGCAAUACAUUCUCAAAAGUCAAGAGCAUCUUCCGUGAUCGUAGCCGGGAUCGCAGCCGAGAGAGGGCAGUUCUCCAAGGAAGAGAUGACACACUCGAUAGUCCUGUAGAAGAAGUGGAGCAACCCAUGCCUUCUCGGUUGUCGGUAGAAGGCAUCGGUUCAACUUUCAGACAGCGAUCAAAAAGUCCGGCGCCAAAGAUUCCCAGAACAGAAACUCAAAAGUCCCAUAAGAGCAUGGGUAGCUUACGACUGGGCAAGGAUGAGCAGAGUGGCCUUCGGACCAUUUUGAAGGGUAGUGCAAAGAUUGAUGGUAUUAUCCGGCGCGGCGUUUCCAAUGUUUCUGAGCUUCUUUGGAAGAAGGAUGAUGGUAGUUCGACCGACACUUCCAGUGAUGAGUCCGAAAUUGAACCUGCUAGAGGGAGAACAAGAACAUCACCAGUGUCACAUGUGGACUUGGGACGACCACUUGGGCAACCACAAGAUAAGCAUUAUCUGGACAUAAUGCCACCGUUCAAGCCCACUUCUCAAGUUGGACCACCAGCCGUUUCCGAAGACGAUAGUGUGGCAGUGCCUUUGAACCACUCAACAAGCCGUCGAUCACCUCGUGUUGAGAGGGAACGGCUGAAGUUGCCACGCAUUGACGUGUUGAAUGCCUCGCCUGACUCGUCGCCAUUUGGAGCGUCGAGACCUCGCGAAAUUUAUGACGAAUCUGCCAUCUCUGAUACAGAAUUGCAGCCCCACAACCAGGAGAUUCCAAGUGAGGCAAUUAGAAAGUCAUCUACACAACUUAAUUCCAUACUAGCAUUGCCAGUGCCAGCAAGCCGUCAACAUCGUGGCUCACUUGGCCAGAACCGGCAUUGGUCCAUCUCGGACCGCUCGCCUUCUCCGCAUCCUCAAAAAUCAACUCAGCUCUCGAAGCGUGAAGUAGCACGUCUUCGCACGCUUGCUCUUUCAUCUGGAAUCAAGGCCAUGGAAAUCGCUAGGCGUACUACAGAAUUACAGUCUCUAACUUCUCAGCCCAAAUUCAAGUCCGUCUUGCCGAUUUCUUGGGACGAGUUGGCUCCGUUUGUGGGCGACGGCACACAGGUCCCUGAUGCUGUGUCGCAAAUCGAGGUGUAUGUCGCGACCUCUCAUAUCCUGACUACGAGCAUCGAUUCUUCAGAUGCAGCACUUGAGAAAUCUGCCUCUGCAUUUAUCAAUGGCGAUAUGAGGCAGCUUCGCAACCGCGUCGAUGGCCUACAUGCACGUGUUGCCACAGAGCUCAUCGACAUGACUCGCCGCGCUGCGGACGAGGCAGACGAGUGCUCAAGGGACAUGGUAGAUAGUCAGCGGCUUAAGGUGAAGAGGGUUGUUGACAUCAUCGAUACGAUGCUGAGACGCAGGAGACGUCGUUUCAGAUGGGUAAGAAGGGGCGGCUGGCUCAUGGUUGAAUGGGCGCUGGUGGGCUUCAUGUGGUAUGUGUGGUUUGUCGUUACGAUCCUGCGCAUCUUCCUAGGUAUAGGAAGGGGUGCGUGGAAUGGUGUGAGGUGGUUGCUUUGGCUACGAUAAAUUAUAAAUGAUAUUGUAAAUAUAAUAUGUGGGCGGUGAGGUGAGGAGAUGGAAGGGAACCUCAAAUGGGCGACGGACUGCAAAGGUGCAAGCCGCUGGGAGACAGUUUUGAUACCCGUGAUGCGUCCUUUUACAGGGCCAUUUUCCUUUGUUUUCAAUACACACGGCUUCAUUGUAGGAGCAUAGUCUCCGGAUGUCGGAGCAGGGAGUACGGUGUUCACAACAACAUUAACAUCGAAAUUCCCAACUAUUUGGCAAGUUUAUGGGUAAUACGCUUUAAGAGAGUAGUAUGGUCUGUAAUUAAUGUAUUAAGAAAUACAUAUUCUCAUUCUA